AGAAAAACGAGGUGAAAAAAGAAAUGGCGGAGGCACAAAAAAGGUAUAGACCGGGACACUUCUUUUAGCCGCAGCUAGCGCUGUACGUACCGGGCGGAGCGGUGAAGGGUAAAAAGAGAGAGAGAGAGAGAGAGUUUUUCCAGGGUUUUUUUGGUGUGUGUGUGUGUGGAGCAAGACUGAAAAACAAAUUGGCCAACGAGAUAAAUCAGACGGUGUGCAACCAGUGAGCUGUUUGGAGAGAAAACAAUACUCAGCCAGCAGAGGUCUGAGAGGAGCAGAGUGCCGGGACACCACGACCAGAAUUCCACAGAAAUUGUCUGUUUGACCAUACAGGUCCGGUUUCACGUAUUCCCCCCAGGGUAAAGUGCUAGCAGAGAUAAAAGCUUCUUUAUUGCUUCUCUUCUUUGCUGCUCACAGGGCUCCUCUCACUCGAAGAGUGAGCAGCUGUCACGUAACAUCUCACAUAAUUCGGGCGUCUCUCAAUCUUUUCAAAUAUUUAGACCGACUCCCAUCCAUUUCAGAGCAAGUGAAUGUGUGUGUGUUUCUUAUUUGUUGUUGUUGCCCAGGUUGUGUGUUUUCGUGAUUAAUCAAAUUUUCUAUUUCAGACAUUCGCUCGGGAAAACAAGAAGGAAGCGCUCGUCUCUCGACAAGACAUUGGCGCAUUCACAAAAUAGUUGACGUGUUCCGGUGGAAAUUAACUUUGGUGCGGUGGUUUGUUUGUUGUUUGCUGCUCCGGAGUCAACCACGCCUUUUUGGAAAGUGCGCAGAAAAUGAGACAACAUCAACUGCUGGCGUACUACGCAAUCGCAGCACUGUGUGUAACCUUGAGGAUCACCUUUUGUGCCGCCGGAAGCGAUGACCCCAUCAAGCGUGACCAUCAGGAGGAGGAGCAGCAGCUGAUCCCUUUGACGAAAUGCUGCGAUAUCGGCCAGUUUUACAACGCCGGAUUCGAUCGCUGCCUGGAAUGGGAGAGCUAUUUGGCGGAAGUGCACUUAUUGGCGACGUCGUUCCAGGACGUGCCUCCAUUCUACAACGACAACGACGGCCGUGUUGUCCACCCGGUGGCUCCUAGCGCCUUUCUCCUAUCUUUGGCCAACUUCACUUUUUGUCCGAACGGACAGAUCGCCAGGAGCUCGCCUGACUUCCAACUAUUCAAAAACGGAUCGAUGAAAACUGUUGAAGGCAAGGCGCUCAAGUUUGGCGAAUUUUGCGUCGACAGAAUCAUCAACCGGGAAGGAGCCAGUACGAAUUUAACUGCGGGAUUAUUUGUCGCCCGAUUUUGCAUUCCCGACCCGUGCGUCGUCAACAACCGGACGGGAUGCGUCCGCAAAUGCUGCCCAAACGGAAUGGCUCUCAACGGAGACGAAAGAAUUUGCCAAGUCAAUUCGGCGCCGUUCGAGAUCCCGUUUCACGAUGAAAGUGGAGCCGCCCUCAACGCGUCCCAUUUCGGGACCUCCUCCUCCCCAAUCGUCAGCGAUGGAGUCUUUGUCGAUUGCCAGAACGGGGCCUAUUCACUCCGGCCAUCCGUCGAAAGUGAUGAUGAGUUUUACAUCCUCCCCAAUGGCAGGAUCCACACGCCGGCACUCGGCGAAUAUCACGACGAUUACUGCAUCGACAAUUUCAUCGUCAGCGAAGAUGGUGUAGAAUUGCAAGCAUUGAUGUGUUUCCCUCCGCAAGCGGAAGAAAGCGAGGAGAAUUCGGUCAUUCAAUCCAUUUAUCCUUAUUUCUUGUUUGUGUCUUCCCUGUUUCUGAUUGCGACCUUCGUCGUUCACGCCCUGCUGCCGGAAUUGCGCAACACUCACGGAGUGACAGUCAUGUGUCACGUUGCUUCCAUGACCGUCAUGUACGUCGGUCUGGGGACCAUCCAGCUCAGUCAUCAUCUCUCUGACGGUAUUUGCGUCGGAUUAGCCGUGACUGUGCAUUUUGCAUUUCUGGCCACUUUCACGUGGCUCAAUGUCCUGAGUUUCGACAUUUGGUGGACCUUCAAUCUUAGCGACCAUCGUUUGCCUAGGAGGACUCGCAAAUUGGACCGUCGAUUCGCUUAUUAUUCGCUGUACGCUUGGUCAGUUCCCACAGUCAUUGUCGUUUUCGGCCAGGUAGCCGACAAUGUCAAAGGACUGUCCAAACACAUUUACCAGCCGGAAUUCGGAAUACUCAAGUGUUGGUUCCACACUCCUGGCUCCUUUUAUACGUUCCUCUACGGUCCCAUGGCUCUCCUGAUCCUGGCCAAUAUAUUAUUCUUUAUUAUGACGGCGACUGCUCUGUGCAGAACCAGAGUUGGGACGACUCGCAAAGAUGAGGCUAAUUUGUUCCACAGCAAGCAAAAAUUCCGGGCCAUCUUUGUCCUGUUUAUUCUGAUGGGAGUCUGUUGGAUCACCGAAGUGAUUUCCUUCGCCGUCGGUGGCUCCGCCUAUCUCUGGAUUCCGACUGACAUACUCAACAUAUUAACGGCCGUUUUCGUCUUCUUCGUCUUUGUCUGCAAGCCCAGCGUCUGGUCCCUUCUCAUGAAGAAGCAUCCGUCCUUGCAGAAAUUCGAUCGCCUUUGUCCAAACUGUAUGAAGUACGACAACGGGCAGCAAGAAAACGAGGAUCGAUCCUUCUUACAGCAAACGUCUAUUUGAGAAUGCGUGCUGCAGAAUCACGUAGACAGUACUACUCCCUAUUCCCGCCGGC